GGUGUUAACCAAACUUGGGCACAACCUUGGAGUAAGCUUACGAAAACCUCAUUUUCUCAAAUAUUCUGAGCUUUUCAAGGUACAUUCCUCAGGGAACUGACUGUGCCUCUUAAUGCCUUAAACUGAAUAUAUCAUCAAUUUACUGAGAAUAUUCUUCCAGAGACACAAGGUAAGGUGCCACAAGUAAGCCAUUCCUAGAAUGUUCUACUUUGGUUGUGACAGUUUUGUUGAUGAGUAAAACUGUUGUUCUCCUCAUUAAAGAUGGAAUCUUGAACGCCAGGACCCUGAUCUUUGACACUCAGGAUCAAAGGCUCUUUGCUGCAGGACCACCAUGAGACAGAGUCGGACUUGAGUUCCAAGGAUAGUGUGAAACAUUGACGUCUGGGACUCCUCCACUCAGUUGAAUACCAGUUUUUAAAGAUAUACAAGAUCUCACCUGGCCUUAGAACAACAAAAAGUACUUAGAAGAGUUCAAUUCAACUAAUCUGUACAAGUAUUCAGUGUUCACAAGACUAACACUUUACCAUAGCUUUUAUGGUAGGCCUAAUAAUAGGGAUUUAGCUAAUGAUGGACACAAAUUGGUAGCAACCUACAAAUUCCACAGCAGAACUUUGCCGCCACCUACAGCACAAGAGUGUUUGGCUUCAGCCACGAGUCUACACGACAGACAAUUUUGUGGACGGCCAAGUGUCACGUGAUGUGGCCAUGCAUUCCGUCACUUUUUGCAGAUAUCGUUUUUUUUUUUUUUUUUUUUUUUUUGGAGGAAGCAGAAAGGGUGUUAACGUGCAUGAGCAAGCUGAACUUUAUCUACAAUAACAUGUACUGGAAAUAUAACCCACAUCAUACGUAUUACGUUUGGAAAAACAGCACCUAUCUAGAUUUCUUAAACGUGGUUUAGAUUAUUUAUUCAUUUAAGUCUAUUUUUCCUCCCAAGAAAAAAAAAGAGUUAAUGGAGUUGUGGACGGAUAUAAUCAUAUUGAUAUGAUUAUUAGAAAACGUUAAAAAUGAGAAGAAAUCUUGUUUCCUCGUAUAUUGCAAUACAGCCGCUGACAAAAAAAAAAUUACUGAACAGGACUGGAUAAGCUUGUAAGGUAAAAUGAGUGUAUUCCUGGUACAGUGAUUGCCUCUGACAACGUGCAAGCUGCGGACAUACCCGUGCAAAGCCGCUUCAAGUUCGCACCUGCAGCAAGCUGGACAUGGAGCUGUGGAGGCAGGACGGCUGCAUUUUGUCCUCGUCUGACAUCGAAAAGUAAACGAAACAUUUGUGAACUUGGACUGUGGAAAGUUGUCCAGCGAGCCGAGCAGCGGCACAGAUAAAGCGGCGGAUACAUGCCGGUGUUUCACUGCCAAGCUGGACGACCACUGCGCACCAGGAGGAAAUACAGAAACAUUAACUAAACGCACACAUACCUUUCUGAUACUUUUUUAAGGAAGAACCCUGUCGCCGUGCUACUGGUCGUUUUCACGGAGAUAACUACAGCAGUUUAUCUGGAAGGUUUCGAACUUAAUUAUACCAAGAAAACGGCUGAGUGACAUUUCUCACUGGCAGUUUUGAAACCUAGAGGGAUGUGGCGGAGCAUGAAGUGAUCUGUGCUGUGCAGGAGAUCUGGCCGCAGGAGGAGCUCAUCUGAGGGCAUCGCUCAUAGUCGGCGGUGACAGACAGGUCUUCGACCCCCUACUGCGGCAUCAGUUUCUACAACCGGCAGAAUUUGAGAAAUUAGAUUUCUGCAUCGAUCUUUUUCUUCGUACACUGUAUUCUUCAUAAAUAUUUUGUGGAUGAUGGAGGGAUUGGGGAAGUCUCUGCAGGGCAAGUCUGCGGCGUUGGAGCGCAUGGCUGAAGUCCUGGUCACCGGGGAGCAACUGAGGCUGUGUUUACAUGAAGGGAAGGUCAUCAAAGACCGGAGACAUCACCUCCGGACCUAUCCCAACUGCUUCGUGGCCAAGGAGCUCAUUGAUUGGCUUAUAGAACAUAAGGAAGCCCCUGACAGAGUGACUGGUAUUAGGAUCAUGCAGAAGCUUCUGGACCAGAGCAUCAUCCAUCAUGUGUGCGAUGAACACAUGGAGUUCAAGGACAUGAAGCUUUUUUACCGUUUCAGGAUAGACGACGGGACCUUCCCGAUGGACAACGAAGCCAAGGUUUUUAUGCGAGGACAGAGGAUUUAUGAGAAACUGAUGAGUACAGAUAACGGCCCCAUGCAGACGCGCCAGGAGGGAGGGCGGAACCACGACCGCACACUUGUGGCUUCCGAGUUUGUGGAUUGGCUGCUGCAGGAGGGGGAGGUGGCCAACAGAGAGGAGGCGGAGCAGCUGGGCCAGAGGCUGCUGGAACACGGCAUCCUGCAACACGUGACCAAUCAGAGUCCCUUCGUGGAUGGGCAGCUGUUGUUCCAGUUCAGGAUGAACUUCCGUCGACGCCGACGUCUCAUGGAGCUCCUGACCGACCGCUGUCCCAGCAUCCCAGAGAACCACGACAGCCCCUUCUGCCUGCGCAGACAGAACCCCAACGCCAGCAGCAACAGCUUCCAGUCAGUCAGUCCCAGUAAGGAGGUUAAGAUGGUGUCAGCUGUACGACGGAGCAGCAUGACCAGCGGCUGUAGCACGAACGGCUUCUACGGCAGCAGCCCCGUUCUGAGCAGCAGCCCCCCGGUGAUGUGCAACCCCAAAUCAGUCCUUAAGAAGAAGGUGACCCCAGAAGAGCUGCUGUCUCCUGGAGGUCCAUACGUCAAGAAGACCUUCACUAUCGUGGGUGAUGCGGUGGGCUGGGGCUUCGUGGUCAGGGGCUGUAAGCCCUGUCACAUCCAGGCCGUGGACCCCGGGGGACCUGCUGCCGCAGCUGGUAUGAAGGUCUGCCAGUUUGUCAUUUCUGUCAACGGGCUCAAUGUUCUGGUUCUGGACUACAGGACUGUUAGCAAACUCAUCCUGACCGGCCCCCGGACCGUGGUCAUGGAGGUCAUGGAGGAGAAGGAGGCUGACCACUGAGGCCAAGAUACACGCUCGGCCCCUGCAGACAGCCAGGGGAGGCCCCACAAUGUCGUAUCGAGAGCGUGGCUCCUUCUGGGGUCCAUGUCGGUCUGCUAUUGCACUGCCUGUUUUCUUUUUGCAUCAGUCACUUUAUAUGACAGAUGCUCCGCACCCAGGUGCAGUGUUUGCCACCACUCAGACCACGCAUUUGUGUGACAAAUGUGACAAACAGGCAGCCUACACUCAAUGUUAAAUAAACGCGUUCCUUAUAUAGGAGGUGCUGAUGCAGCAUAAUCUGCUAACCAGCUAGCCAGCUACAGUCUUCUGACUCUACUUGCAAGCUAUUUAUUUUGUUUGUGAACCAUCGGGGGGGGGGGGACCCCAAAGUGACCUUUUUCAGUGAGGCCCACAAACAGCCCACCCACCCCUGUCCCCACCAGAUGGACAAGGAAGUGUUGUGUAUCUUUGAAUGAGGGAUAUGACAUCAUUCGAACACAGGCCAACACGCAGUCAGAUAACCGGGGCUUAUAGGCAUAACUCACAAUGAGUAUUAUUGGUUUUCCAAAGACAUGCUUUUCUUGGAGUGAUUUGACCCAGAACACAUGCUUGUCUCCCCUUGCUGAAAGAAUCAGAAAGUCCAUACAUCCUUUGUCCUGCCUUCUCUGAAGUCUAAAAAAAAUGUCUGGGAAAUCAGUCCCACAUACUAAAACAUGAAGGCUAAUCGUUGACCAUUUCUGCAGGAAAAUGCUAAUGACAACAGCCGGGUUCGGCAACACAUCCCCUUCAGCUGCUGUCAUGCUGCUCCCCGCUAUAACGUCAUGACCGCCUCCCUUAGGACAGCCCCCCCACGCUGCCGCCUGCUGUCUGUGUGGUUUGCUGAUAUGGUAAAUGUAGGCAGUGUAACUUAGGGCGUUACACUUGCUUGCAGAUCUAUUAGAGCACCUUCUGAGAGCCGUGGGGGAAGAUGCUGUCUUUGCUGACGUGGAAGCAGAAACUGAAAGCUCGUGGCAAUACAUCAUGACUAAGUGGAAAUACAUCUUCAUUACUUAUAACUUAAUAGCUGAUAGAUAGAUAGAUAGAUAGAUAGAUGAUGGAUGGAUGGAUGGAUGGAUGGAUGGAUGAAGGGUGUAAAAAGUCAUGACAUAGUUAUGCACACUAGUGCCUGAUGGCAGCAGGUAGGGAAGAUUCCAGAAGCCUUAGCGCAUUGAGGUGGGAUGAGCCGACAGCUAGAGGGCGCCCUGUGGAAGGGAUGGGCAGAGCAAUAAUAUUUAUUUAAAGCUUUAAUUGUAGCAGUCUGACAAGCGAUAAGGAAACAUUUUUAAAAAUGUGUUGCAUCUAAUCCUGCCAGUAUAUUGGAGUUCCCCUGUAGGUGGUGUUUUUUAAUGACGUUUUGAAUACUUAUUAGAUAAUGCCAUGUCACAUGACCUCAUUCAGCAAAACACCAUUUGUCUCUUUGUUACUGUGAUUUUUUUAAUAUCCAUUGAUAUGUUGAGUUAUGAAUCAACUUGAUGUAAAUUGAUUACAACUACGUACAAGUGCCAUUGAAAGACUUAAUAAUGAAACGUAAGCACAUUGACCUAGUUCUAUAGUGUUAACACAUUUUUAUUGAUAGGUGUCAUUUUGUACAUAAACCUGGUGAAUUUAUACUGACAGCUAUUCCCAGUCUUAAAAUACUUCAUUAAAAUUUCUAGGCUGGAAA